UGAUUUUUGUUACCAAGUGGUUGGUUCAGAUUUGAAACUCGUUGCAACAUAUUCGUGAACACUACAGCGUUUAUUUUGCCUUCUCAGUAUAGGGGAUACCAGUGUUGAUUUGGGUUGAUUUAUUCCUUUUUGCUCCGUUAUCUGUUUUGACAGUUAGAGGAAUCACUCGACGUGGACGUGGUCAGUUGGCGUGUCCAAGCUUCGAGUGACGGCUGUGUAGUCCUAUGAUUCCUCCGAAGCGUUUUUUUGCACUGGCCCAUUUUCUGACAAACUUUAUCGCUAACUUUUGGUAUAUCGUGACUUAUUUACACCUCCGUUGGACGUUGAGGACGGUCGCGGUUCAAAAUGUCUGUAGCGGGUUUGAAAAAGCAGUUUUAUAAAGCCAGUCAGAUGGUAAGUGAGAAAGUUGGUGGUGCAGAAGGAACUAAACUGGAUGAGGACUUCAGAGACUUGGAACGGAAGGUAGAUGUGACCAGUAAAGCAGUAGUGGAGGUGAUCUCCAAAACAUCAGAGUACCUGCAACCCAACCCAGCAUCACGAGCCAAACUUUCCAUGUUGAACACCAUGUCUAAGAUCCGUGGCCAGGUGAAGAACCCAGGCUAUCCUCAGGCUGAGGGGCUGCUAGGAGAGUGUAUGGCCAAGUAUGGGCGGGAACUCGGAGAGGACACUAACUUUGGUGGAGCCCUCGUGGAUGUAGGAGAGGCCAUGAAGAGAAUGGCAGAAGUUAAAGACUCUCUAGACAUCGAUGUGAAACAGAACUUUAUUGAUCCGUUACAAGGGCUUUGUGACAAGGACCUCAGAGAGAUACAGCACCAUCUGAAGAAGCUCGAAGGCCGUCGCCUGGAUUACGACUACAAAAAGAAGCGUCAGGGCAAGAUACCAGAUGAGGAGGUUCGACAGGCCCUGGAGAAGUUUCAUGAGUCAAAGGAAGUGGCUGAAACCAGCAUGUACAACCUGCUGGAGACUGACAUAGAGCAGGUGAGCCAGCUCUCAUCUCUGGUGGAGUCCCAGUUGCAAUACCACAGACAAGCUGUACAAGUGCUGGAGGAGCUUUCAGACAAACUGCGUGACAGGAUGAAUGAAGCCCAGUCUCGGCCAAGGCGUGAGUACACACCCAAACCCAAACCUAUCUUUGACUUUGGAGACAACAACCAUUCAAAUGGUGGUUACCCAACUUCAAUGGCCCCUCCACCUUCACGCAACUCGGCCCCGGAGCAGCCGAGCUGUAAAGCGCUGUACGACUUUGAACCAGAGAACGAAGGAGAGCUGGGCUUCCACGAGGGUGAUAUUAUCAUCCUGACCAAUCAGAUUGAUGAAAACUGGUACGAGGGCAUGCUGAACGGCCAGUCAGGAUUCUUCCCUCUCAACUAUGUUGAGGUCCUUGUUCCGUUACCACACUAAUAUAGAUAGAGGGCUAAGAGGAGAUUUAUAGAGGAUGAGGGGAGAGGAAGUAGAAAUAAUAGAGAGGGAGAAAGCGAUGACAUGAACGGUCCACAGAGGUUUUAUUUUCACCUUCAGGUCCAUCAUCAUCAUCAUCACAGAUGAGCACUUUUUGUCACCUCGGGAUCUGGAAACGAUCUCAGGCCAGAAUGUCAACUUGUUUCAUGUAAAGGUUAAAAUAUCCAGACUAGGACUAAGGCAACAGGUCGUUAUUCUUCUGAAAAUGAGAAGAAUUUAUGAGGACUAACUGAUCACAUAUUUAUAAGCAACAAGUAUUUUUUAACCACAGAUAAAUGAUGCAACAGUGUUUGUUUUCAAUUCUAUUAUUUCAAUUAUUGGGGCGACAGAUCCUUAUGUUUUUUCUGUGACUGCAGUCUAAGAUUCAGUCAGUGUUUUAGACAAGAGUAACGUCGUGUAAUAUUGACUGAACUGUGUCAUUUCAAAAAUGAAAGUUAUGUUAAUGCCUCCAGAGGACUGAAAUUUAUACCUUGAUACCAUCUUGUGGCCUGACCGAGAAUUACAUGACAACUAAAGGACAACAGCACAACUACAUAGUUAAAUUAGAUUUAUAUUCUAAUGGGAAACAGAAAAAUAAGACUCCUCUUUGUAAUCUGAAACAUUUUUGAAGUUUUGGUCUAAUUGCAAUAUGUAUUCUUUGACCCAAGUUAAGGUUAAAAUUUGGCACACAACAGGCCUGACGUACUGUUGUCCCUUUGUUUUCAUGUUAAAAACAUGUGAGAAAAUGUUGUAAUUGCACCUUGGUCUUCAAAUGAGAUUGAUGUUUGACAGAGCCACUUCACCUUUACAUAAAGACCCAAAGUUAAAUGCAGAGGUUGCACCUUUUCGUCACUUAAAACAGAUGUUUGAUGCCUAGAAAAAAAAAGAGUUGUGUGAUUGAUGUCUGCUAGUCUGUUCAAUAGAGGAACCAGAGCCAAAAAUACUUUAAAAUGCAAUAGAAACAUAUCUUCGUGCUCCUAUUUGUUAAACUGCUAUUGAUUAUGUGGCACAGCCAUAUAUCCAUGUCUUCUUUUUUUACCUGUUUACCAUAGUAUUAAGUUCUUCCUUUUCUCAGCCUUUUGAGCCCUGUUGUAGGCACCAGUUAACUCCAUUCAGUGCCUGAAUAGACGAAGCUGCUGGCAGCAAGUCAGUCUUUUAUAUUCAUCGCUAACUGUCCUGCUGUUACCGUCUGCCCUCAUGUCUUGAGAGAAUGUGAAACUUGUCUUAGUCCAUUUAACCAUUUAACUCUGAUUAUUCACAAUGACUUUAAUUAAAUUCACUUGUUCUAUUGGGCUGACUGAUGUUUUAUCAGUCUGGACAAGGCUGGAUUCUUGUUCUGGACUUUGCUACAGCCCACACCUACAGGAGGAGUGUUAUCCAACAUAAACUGCACAGUAUGAGGGAAGGAGCUUGAAUGAAAAGGGAAAACAUCAAGGGAAACAUAAUUGCAAGCUGUGAUAGAUUUGGAUCAAUGUGGACCACCUUUGUUACCAAACAUUUACUCCUAAAUCCAGUUGAUUUUUCUUUUGUCAGGGAUGUGGGAGGAAAAAAAGUUAUAAUUGUGAAUGUCAGAAAUGUUGCUGUUUUAUUUUUUGCAGUAUCUCUCUGCUUCACAUCCUUUCUUUUCUCUCUUUUUUGUCACUCCAUGCUGCUGGCCACACCCUCCCUACACCUGAGUUUGGUCCUCAUCUUGUGUGUUUACAUCUCUGACCUUACUACAUCUCAAUACUUGUAUGUAGUUCAGGGCUAAGGGCAAUAGGAGGUGCUGUGUGGGUCAUACCAUUGAGAGAAAAAAAUCUGCUUUUGUUUUAUUUCAGUGCCUUUGGAAAAGAAACCGGGGGACGUAUCCCAACUAAUAAAGCAACCAAAUCUAACCCAGCUUCUUAGAAAUGGUGAACAUUUUCUUUUUCUGCUUGUAUCUUAUUUUUUAGCCGUUGGCAGUUUUUGGUGUUAUCAUAAAAAUGCAUGUGUGGUGCUUAUUUCUGCACAUCAAUAACACUACAGACAGUUUCCGCAACAUGUUUAGUCUUAUCAGCCGCCUACCAGGGGAAACUAUAGAUUUUUUUUUUUUAUUUUUAUGUUUUGGUGGUUCUUUUAAAGUUGAAUCCAUGUCUAAAACAAAAAAGUCCCACUUCUUUCUUUUCCCAAAGGGCUAUGUAUUUAAUUUUUUAAUCAGUCUUAAAUUCUCUUUUAAACCAUCAAAUCACUAUAGCUCUCUAUAGUAUUAUUUUUAUAUACAAGAUCUUAAAACCUUUAAAUUUAUCCUUGCAUGUAGUCCUGUAUUACACCUUGUAAGUGUAUAUCUUAGGUUUAAGUUGUCUUUUUACUUUUGGUAUGAAUAUAGAAAAUUUAACUGCAAUAUUUUGUCUUUUAUUAUCACAGUAUUUGUAUGAGCUUCCUUGUUCCCUGCCUCCCCCAUUCUUACAGUAAAUAAAAAGAAAAUAUGUAAA